UCUUCCGGGGACGGUGCUUAGAGGCACUCAAGAUGGUCCAGCGUUUGACCUACAGUCGUAGGCUUUCCUACAACACAGCCUCUAACAAAACUAGGCUGUCCCGGACCCCUGGCAACAGGAUUGUUUACCUUUACACCAAGAAGGUUGGGAAAGCUCCUAAAUCCGCAUGUGGUGUGUGCCCAGGCAGACUUCGAGGGGUUCGUGCUGUGAGACCCAAAGUCCUUAUGAGAUUGUCUAAGACAAAGAAGCAUGUCAGCAGGGCCUAUGGUGGGUCCAUGUGUGCCAAGUGUGUCCGAGACAGGAUCAAGCGAGCUUUCCUUAUUGAGGAGCAGAAAAUCGUUGUGAAAGUGUUGAAGGCACAAGCACAGAGUCAGAAAGCAAAAUAAAUAUGCAAUUUUUUUUAAAUAAUAAAAAUCAAGGCUU